CCUAUAUUUUGGAACAAUUUGAGAGCCGGGAUAUUGUAGAUUGUUGUAGAUCGUCGUCAUCGUUUUCUAAAAAUAUUUGAUUAUCAAAAUGUUUACCUUAUGGACACUUGUGGAGGCCUCUUUACUAUGCCUAAAUGCAGUAUGUGUGUUGCACGAGGAACGCUUUUUGGCCAAGUUUGGUUGGGGUGCACAAGCCUCUCAUAUGCAGGAAUUUGGACAGCCCACAGCGAAAGCUCAAAUUUUAAAUCUGGUUAGGUCCAUUCGCACCGUCGCAAAGAUACCACUUAUAUUCCUUAAUGUGCUUGCGAUAUUAAUAAAGCUGAUACUUGGAUAAUAAAGCGACUUUUAUUUUGCAUAUA